CCCCCCCCCCCGGCCCGCUCGACGAUUCACGCGACGCCGAUUGAGAGCCGCGCUCAUGGCCUCGUCGCUCCGCAAGCCAACCGCCUGCUCGGCGCCACGGGUACUGGCGGAGGAAGCGACGCGAUCGUGAGCGGCUGUAUUUGGACUCACGGGCGGCACUCACGGCUGUAGGAACCAAACAUGAAGCUGUUUGUGUUCCUGGUGAACACGGGUGCCACCCUCACCUUCGACACCGAGCUGGCACUCCAAACCGUGGCGGAGUUGAGACAGGCCAUCCAGACCAAGUACCGCGUCGGGGUUCAGCACCAGGUGCUGGUGGUGAGCGGCGGCGAGUGCCUGGCGGGCGAUCGGAGGGUGUGCAGCUACAGCGCAGGAACGGACACCAACCCGAUCUUCUUGUUCAGCAAGGAGCUGAUCCUUCACGACCGGGCGCCGUGCGUGAGCCGUGUGGUGCUGCCCGGCGAGGCGCAGAUGGAGCCCAAGGUGGAGGAGUCGGUGAUCAUGCCGGCGGUGUUCCACACCGUGACGCUGCGCACGCAGCUCGCGCUGGAGAUGCAGGAGCUGGCGCAGCGGCUGUGUAUGGUGUGCGAGUCGCUGGUGCAUGACGAGCACAUGCAGCACCAGGGCUGGUCGGCCGUCACCGCCAACCUCGAAGACUGCAGCUCGGCCUUCGCGGGCCUCCUGACGGCCUUCACACGCGCCUACGCAGCCUUCCUGGAGUCACGCCGCGACAUCCUCUCCCAGCUCUCGGAGCUGGGCGACGCCGUCACCGUCAUGGCUCAGAUCCCGCUGCUCCAGUGCCUCACCGCCUCGGUCUCCUCCGUCUCCUCCUUGUCCCGCCGGCGCGACAGCCUGUGCCGACUCGCCGACCGCUCCGACCCCCGCCGCCUCUCGGCCGACCUCCCCUCCUCUGCCGGCCCGCGGCCAGCCGGACGGCCUCCCGCUCGGGCCGGCCCGGCCCCUCCCGAAGGCCCCGUGACGCCGCCUCCGAAAUGUCCAAGCGGCGGCGCCGACGACGGCCGACUGUCGCCGGGCCCCGGGGGCGGCGGGGGCGGCGGUGGAGACGAUGGAGACGAUGACGACGGUGGCCGGAUAAAGGGCAGCUUCAACGUGUCGUUGCUCGACUGGGUGAACGUUCAAGAUCGACCCAACGAUGUUGAGACGCUCGUCCGAAAGUGCUUCGAGUCGAUGAGCAGGCUGGAGCCCGGCAUCGUGCAGCCCUUCCUGGGCGACUGCCAGGAAACUCUGGCCAAGAUGGACAAUCCGAGCAUGAAGUCAAUCCGCGGGCUGGAGGACCGGCUCUUCGUGCUCGACCAGCUGCUCGCCUCCUGUCAGCGCCUCGUCACCGAGCAGAAGGAGCUGGCGCAGGGCUUCCUGGCGAAUCAAAAGCGCGCGGAGAACCUCAAGGACCCGUCGGUCCUGCCAGACCUGUGCCGCAGCCACGCCAACCAGCUGGUGAUCAUGCUCAGCAACCACAAGAAGCUGCUGGACGUCAAGCAGCGCUGCGCCACCGCCAAGCAGGAGCUCACCGACAACCUGCACGUGCGCCUGCGGUGGUGCUACUACGUGAUGCACCACGCCGACCUGGGCCGCGAGAAGCUGCAGGCGCUGUGUCACGUGCUGCGCGAGCUCACGGGCCGCGUGGGCGCCGCGCGCGAGGUGGCGCUCGCCCCACGACUCUACUGCCUGGCCGCCACCGAGACGCUGCGGCGGCGCGCCUUCUCCGCGCACUACCGGCGGUGGGCGAGUUUGCUGGUGCGUGAUGGGAAAGAGCUCUACCAGGCUGAGAGAGAGCGGAGAGUGGCGUUCAGACAGCUCUUCGGCCACAGCUUCCUCAAGGGGCGGCUCUUCCAGGGGCUCGAGUCGUGGCCCCCGUCGUCAUUUUGCACGCGUGAGCCGCGCGCGUUUGACGAGCAGCUUCCCGCGGUGACGCCCGAAGAUCUUCACUUCCUGCAGAGCCACAGCCCCCCCGAGAUGCAGCCCUACCUGCAGCUCCCGACGCUGUGCGACUUCGAGCUGCUGCGGGAGCACUCGGCACGCGGACGGAGGCUGGCGCGGGCCGUGCGCGGUGCCCAGGACGCGUCGCUCGCCCUCGCUCAGCUCCUCUCCACCAAAACGCUGGUGGGCAGGAGCGAUGGCCGUGGGGAGGCCGGGAGCUGGGAGGGGGGGAGCCCCGCGUCUCCCGACCGCCCCGACAGUCUCCUGCUCCUGUCGCCGCCGUCGCACGGGGAUACGGGCGACCCGGGACGCGAGGACGCGGGGGACCACGGGGGGUCCGAUGGGGACCCCCUCUCGAGGGACAACAGGGAUUUGUCCCCGGACAGCAUCGACUCGCAGGUGUUCGACUUCGAGACGAUCAACCACCCAGCGGCGGAGACGCACCCACCGGUUUCCACCGCAGCGUCGACCGCGGCCGCGGCGACCGCAGCGACGUCAACCGCGGCCGCCGCCCAGGCCAUCAGCCCCCGAUCGGCGGGCCUCCUGCAGAGCCCGGGCGCGGUGGUUGAAUCCCUGUACGCGUCCGUCAUCAAUGCCAUCGACAGCCAGCGACGGAUGCGGAGGGAGGGCGGCGAUGGCGAUGGCGAUGACGAUGGCGGUGGCGAUGGCGGCGAUGGAGCGACGGGCGAUUCGCGUUUGUCCUCGCCUCGCCCCGACUCUUGGUCGUCGCCGUCGACUCGGUCCGACGUUCGCUCGAGGACCUGCGUUGCUCGAGGCCGAGGGUGCGCGGCGGCGUUCACCGCGCUGCGGGCAUCGACGGCCGGAGUGCGCCGGGAGCUGGCCGGGCUCGGAGAGCAGGUGCGCAGCGACGGGCGCCAGCUCGCCGGCCUGCUCGCCGACGCCCGCCGGCGCCUGGAGGAGGCCCUGCCGGCACACCAGGAGUCGAACUCAGACAGCACGAGCGCUAACGGCGUGGAGAGGCGACCUCUCGUUGACCCCUCGCAUCAUCUGGCUCAACUACAGCAGCAACAACGAGAAGAGCAGGAGGAGGUGAGGGGGUGUGGGUUGGAUGCGGAGCUCACCUGUGAGGCUGAGAGGGUUCGAGGGCUCGAGGUGCAGCUCGCCCAGGAGGCCGAGAGGAGAAGCGAUCUGGAGACGGAGCUCGCCGAGGGGGCCGAGAGGUGUCAAGGCCUGAGGGUGGAGCUUGCCCAGGAGGCACAGAGGAGGAACAGUCAGCAGGUGCUGCUCGCUCAGCAGGCUGAGAGGAAACUGAGCCUGGAAGUAGAGCUUACCCAGGAGGCCAAGAAGCACCGUGGGCUGGCAGCGGAGCUCACUCAGGAGACCGAGAGGAGAGUAGGCCUGGAGAAAGAGCUCGCUCGGGAGACCGAGAGGAGAAUGAGCUUGGAGACUGACCUCGUCCAGGAGACUGGGAGGAGGGUGGGCUGGGAGACGGAGCUCACUCAGGAAGCUGAGAAGAGAGUGAGCCUGGAGAAGGAGCUCGUGUUGGAGAGUGAAAGGAGGCAUUUUCUGGAAUCAGAGCUUGCCCAGGAGGCCGAGAGGAGGGUAGGCUUGGAGACGGAACUUGUCCAGGAGGCUGAGAGGCGAGUAGGCCUGGAGACGGAGCUUUCCGAGGAUGCUGGGAAGAGAAUGAGCCUGGAGAAGGAGCUCGCUCGGGAGGCCGAGAGGAGAGUUGGCCUGGAGACAGAGCUUGUCCAGGAGGCUGAGAGGCGAGUAGGCCUGGAGACGGAGCUUGCCCUAGAGGCUCAAAAGCGCCGAGCGCUUGAGACGAAGCUCUCUGAUGAAUCCAAGAAAACAGUGGGCCUGGAAGCGCAGCUUGCCGAGGAGACCGACAGGCGCCAAGGCUUGACAGCAGAGCUCACCCAGGAGACCGAGAGAAGCCAGACCCUGGAAACGAUGCUCAGUAAGGAGACCAAGAGGCGAGAACACCUGGAAAUGGAGUUCAUCCAGGAGGCCGAGAGUCGCAAAGCUCUUGACACGAAGCUCGCUGAGGAAGCGCAGAAGAGGACGGGCCUAAUGGUGGAGCUUGCCCGGGAGACGGAAAGAAGACGUAACCUGGAGGCGGAGCUCGUUCAGGAGGCCGAGACGAGAGUGAGCCUGGAGACGGAGCUCACCCAGGAGGCCGAGAGGUCGCGCGGCCUGGCGGUAGGCCUCGCCCAGGAGACCAACAGGAGAAUUCUUUUGGAGGCAGACCUCGCUCACGAGGUCAAAGCGCACCGCGAGCUGGUGACGGCGCUCGCCGACGAGACUGAGAGACGGCACGAGCUGCAAGCGGAGCUCGCCGACAGGGCCGCGGAGCGGGAGGCGAGCCUGCACGGCCUGGCAGCGCUGCUGGAGCAUGAGCGGGAGCUGGCCGUCGCCGAGCUACUGAGCUGCCACGAGGCGGAGGUGGCGCGGCUCACCGCGGAGCUCCGCCAGGCAGAAACGAGGGCCCAGCGGCUGGAGGAGCAGGGGGAGGAGGCAGGAGGUCUCACCGUGGAGCUCCAGGAGGGGGUGCUGGACGUGGAGUGGAGGUCUCGCGAGGCUUCCAGGGGGAGGCGGAGAGAGAAGCCGGUCGGGGUGGCGCUCAAGACGGCGGGGAGCGAAGCGGGGCGUCAUCAGCAGCACCAGCAGCAGCAGCAGCAGGGCCUGAUAACUGCAGCAGAAAGGGGGCUCAAGGCCGGGGCGUCUAGCGAGCCGCAGGUGAUGCCCUCUGCUGUUUCCGUGGCCUUGCAAAGUCACCUCCAUGCGCAGUCGACCCUCGAUUAUCCGCGUGCGAUUCAUCUGAUUUGCGGAGUAACUGCGCACCUGAGAUUUUGACGUAAAUGAAAAACUCAUGGACUUUCCCUUCAGCCCAAAUUAAUAAUCUAUAAAAACAGUUAUACAUUGUUAUACUUGGGAAAUGUUUAACACAAUUCACGUGCUGAAACUGAGCAAAUUUAUGUUCCGGUUAAUCCGAAAUGCACGUGAUCGCCUCUACAGUAUAGUAGUUGCCUGAUGACGACCGCUUGUGUUGCGAUCGAAACGUCGUGAUUUGCUUUAUUUUAUUUUAUUUGUAACUAGUAUAGUAGUUGCAUAUCUUUACAACAGUGGGCGGAGUUUGAUGGAUUUUGAUUGGCGUGGCUCGGCUAUCCACUUAGUGGGCAGAGUCUUCUGCACAGGAGCAGGAACGUGUUAUCAUUGAGCACGCGCUUUAGAUCGUUGGGAUUGGUUCUUAAUUUAUACCUAUAUUAGUGGUUUUUGGAAUAGAGAUCUGCGUAAGAUGGUUAUAUUUGGAUUUUCUGCAAUUUUGAAUUAUCUGCGGUAAUCCUCCCCGUCAUUAGCACGGAUAAUCGAGAGUCUACUGUAUUUUCUAGAGGUCGCCUAGUGGCUGGAGACUUGGUACUUUCCUCCAGAGGGGACCCAGCACUCUCGACCAGGACUCUUUAGCGGGAGGACUUUCGAGCCGGUGUUUUUUUUUUUCUCCCGAUGGCGUCUAGACCCAGGACUCUGCACGAGGAGGGCUUGAGAGCCAGCCGCAUGCGCCGUGUAACCACCGCAGUCCAGCCGCGACGUGUCCUGCCCAAGCCCACUCACUUUUCUUAACAUUGGUUGCGAUCGCAAUUAAUUGCGAUCGCAACCAAUUGCGAGCCCAACUCCUGCCCACACUUCUUGGCGCGUGCUCUUCA